AUGUCACAACCCAAUCUCGAUGAACGCAUCCAAGUCGACACAAGCGAUGACGACUCUCUCUUUGAAAUCCAAACAAUCUCAGGCUCAAACCUUUCCUUUGCCUCAUCCGUCCGCGACUACAACUACGAAAAUGGCCGCCGCUACCAUGCCUACCGCAACGGCCAAUACCCCUUCCCAAACGACCAAGAAGAACAAGAUCGCCUAGCAUUAGUACACCACCUCUUCAAACUGCUCACAGGCGGGGAUCUGUACCGCGCACCAAUACGCAACUCCAAUCCGCGGCAUAUUUUAGAUAUCGGCACCGGCCCUGGCGAAUGGGCCCUGGACAUGGCCGAAGACUACCCGCAAGCGGAUAUCAUCGGAACCGAUCUCAGCCCCAUCCAGCCAAACUGGGCGCCGCCCAACUGCCGCUUCUUCAUUGAUGAUGCCGAGAGUGAUUGGACUUUCUCGCCCGGUGAAACGUUCGACUAUAUCCAUGCAAGAACUUUGGCCGGUGGUAUUGGGGAUUGGCCGAGGCUGCUCAAGCAGGCUUAUCAACAUCUGAAACCAGGUGGCUGGUUUGAGGCGCAGGAGUUUGAGAGUUGCGUGUUUUCUGACGAUGGAACUAAUGAGCGCGCUACUGCCACUAAUAACUGGACAGAAAUGUUGACUCAGUCUAGUAAGAAGUUUGGAAAACCAAUGGAUGUUGCAACGAAGCUCGCGCAGUGGAUGGUUGAGCAGGGGUUUGCGAAUGUGACCGAUGAUAUUUACAAGGGUCCUAUUGGUGGCUGGCCCAAGAACCGCCGCUACAAAGAAAUGGGUCGUAUUGGCAAGGUGUCCAUCAUGGAAGUUCUCGAGCCAUACUCGCUAGCUCUCUUCACCCGUGUCCUAGGGCUUUCGUACCAGGAAGCACAGGAACAUAUUGAGAACGCGCGGGCGGAGUUGAUGAGCAACUCGCACCACCUCUAUGUGCGCUUUCACUUUGUCUACGGACAGCGGCCUUUCGACGAUGAAUCCACUGGUUCUGAGGCAUCUUGA